ACAGAGACAAACUUGAGCUGCAGCUUGUAGUGUGAUCUACAGGCGGGGAGUGAUUGCCACAAAGUAUCAGUGGGGAGAACUCUGAGGGCUGAUACAAUGAAGUUCUGCAACACUGACUUCUAUCUCCUGUUCAGCAGCUCUGCAACACACAGACAUGAUGAGAAUCGCUCCUCACUGAGAAACCCAUGUGAAAGCAGCUCUUACCAGGGCGGGGAUGUCACAGAGAACUAACCUGACACCUGGCACCCAGCAGUAUCUGUGUGUGAGAGACAUCAUCUCCAGAUUUUUAGACUUUUUUUGGAUUGGAAUUAAUAAAACAGACUGAUUCAUCGCUGAAAUAAGUCUCCUGUAUACGAAUGACACAGAGUGUGUCUAGGGACAGCUAGAAGUACCUGUUGGGGAGAUUGCUGACACUCUGCACCUGGAUGUGACCUUAAUGUCUCCUUUGGAAAGUUACAACAUGUCUAUUGACAGCAUGGUGGUCUCUCUGAACUCCACAAGUAACAGCACUGUCCCAGGGAGACCUCCAACCAUCCCAUGUGUGAUGUUUAUAUUUGGGGUGGUGGGGAACCUCAUUGCCAUCAUCGUCCUGUGCAAAUCCCGCAAGGAGCAGAAGGAGACCACCUUCUACACCUUAGUAUGUGGACUGGCCAUCACUGACCUGCUGGGGACCUGCCUGGUCAGCCCUGUCACCAUAGCCACCUAUGUCAGGGGGGCCUGGCCUGGGGGGAAAGAACUAUGUGAGUACAGCUCCUUCAUCCUCCUGUUCUUUGGGCUGUCAGGUCUCAGCAUCAUCUGUGCCAUGUCCAUCGAGAGGUACCUGGCCAUCAACCAUGCCUACUUCUACAAUCACUACGUGGAUAAGAAGCUGGCUGGUCUGACCCUCUUUGCCAUCUAUGUGACCAACAUUCUGUUCUGCGCACUGCCCAACAUGGGGCUGGGGAAGAACACCUUCCAGUACCCGGAGACCUGGUGUUUCAUAGACUGGAGGACUCAGGUGCCCACCUACGCCGCCUACUCCUACAUGUACGCCGGGUUCAGCUCGUUCCUGAUCCUGGUCACGGUGCUGUGCAAUGUGCUGGUGUGCGUGGCGCUGAUCCGCAUGCACCGCCAGUUUGUGCGCAGGACAUCUCUCGGCACGGACGCUCGGAUCUCGGACUUCAGGAGGCGCCGGAGCUUCAGGAGGAUGGCUGGGGCUGAGAUCCAGAUGGUCAUCCUGCUGAUAGCCACCUCGGUGGUGGUUCUGAUCUGCUCCACCCCCCUGGUGGUUCGUGUUUUUGUUAACCAGCUGUACCAGCCAGAGGUAGUCAAAGAUAUAUCAAGUAACCCGGAUUUGAAGGCAAUCCGAAUGGCUUCUGUCAAUCCCAUUUUGGACCCUUGGAUUUAUAUAUUACUGAGGAAGACUGUGCUAAGCAAACUGAUUGAAAAGAUAAAGUGCUUGUUCUGUAGGAUUGGAGGAGGUAGACGACCUCAUUCAACAGGGAGCUUUAAUUGCACUGAGGGUAGAAGGGCCUCAUCAGGCCUUUCGAGUCACUCCCCGUCUUUUGUUUCCCGGGAGUUACGAGAAGUUAGUUCCACUUCCCAGACUUUAUUAUAUCCUCUAGAACUGAGUGACGGUAGUUUCAAAGGUAGCACUGUAUUGCCUGGGGCUACGGUUGCCAUUAUCCUGCCUGGAACCACAAAUAGGACGUUGGGUGGUUCUGACCAAUCUGUCUCUUCUGAGGGACCAGACUCUGAGCAAAUUUUGCUAGUAGAUGAAAUACGGACAACACAGACAACUUCAAAUAGAACUUCACCAAAAGGGAAUCCACUCCACGUCACUUUUCCUGAUGACGCACUGAAUUUAUCAGAAAAAUGUAUAUAGGAAUUCCAGAUACAAUGAUGGAUACAAGUUUAUUUUAGCAAGCGUGCAGUCAGCUCCUAACAUGGUGCUCCGUUCUCCUUGCACAAGAUCAUAAAUGAAUGCCUUUCCUGUGACAAGGACUCUGUAUGUCCAGUCUUUAAAUGGUACUUGUAUUUGAGGUGAUAGAGGGAGGUAGAGGUAACUAGUGACUUGCUCCUUAAUUCUAAAAAACAGAAUUAGGUUUGCCUGAAGCAUUGUUUCACCUUUUCAGACAUUCACCCCUGGUACCCUUUUUCAGUGACUAGACCAACAUUUAACAGGAGGUGUUUUUCCUGUAAAGGGUCAAAACUUUGAUUGUUCUAUUUUGCCCAAUUUUUGCCAAUUUCCAGUGCAUUUUCAAGGGCAAAUUAAAAUUGUCCAAUGUAUGAUGCCAUUGUGGCUGGCUAAAGCUUUAAAUGUGAAUUUUUAUGGAUAAAUAUUUGUGUUUGUAUACAGAAUGUACAUGUAUUUAUUGUCUUCUCUGUGAGAAGGAUUUUUGGAUCAAAAUGUCUACUUAAAGAAUUGAAAUGGAAUAUGCUCUCUCUUUGUUUUUCAAGAAUCUCCAUAGAACUAGAGGUAUUGUUAAUGUCCUACUACCACUUUGCACUGAAUUAAAAAUAUUACUCAUAUCAAAUUUAUUAUCAUAUAUAAAUAUAUAUAAAAAUAAAUAUAUAGAAUUAAAUCUGGAUAAAUUUCAAGAACACAAUUGCUGUAAAGACACAACCCUCUCUGACAUAGGCUACACCAUAAUUUGUAUUGAUUAUCAUACUUAUUUAUUUAUUUUAUUGCCCAUUGUAAUACGAACAAUGAAAACUCUAAUGGUCCAGAAGAAGGGGAAACCUGGUUCUAUAGCUCUUCUUGGACUAUAUCUGUCUUAGCCAACUUUGAUGAAGGUUGUUCUGUCCAACAGGAGCUGGAUAAACUCAUGAUUGAUUGCCAUCUAAUACACUAUUGUAUCCAUGAAUCAAGACUAUUUUAUUAUAAAUUAAAGGUACACAAGCAGAUACCAAAAAUGUUUGUCCACAAAGGUAGAGUAAGACCAAGAAGUGGAUACUUUUUGGUUCUAUAAUUUGUUUUAUAUAAUAUGUUGGACAACUUAUGAUGAUGAUGGAAAUAGUUGUUAUACAGUCACAACUAGAAAACAACAUCGGUGGACUGUAAUAUACUAUUGCAUCGUAAAAUCAUUAAUAGUUUAUCAUAAAUGUAAGCGAGGUAAACAGAUUAACUAAGAUCUGUCCUCAAAUAGAGUCAUUUGUCUGGUUAGAAACAUCAACUCUUCGACAGAGUUGGGGGACUAUCAGCUCAAAAGCUAAUGUUAGAUUAAAGCAUGAGGUUGACUGAAUGCGAGUUUCGGGAAACAUAGUCCGAUAAAAUAUAAAAGGUACCAUAGAUUCUUGUUCCUGCUUAUCUGAAAAUGGCAUGUUGGAGAUUUGUUUUGGUAGACAAAAAGCUAAUUUGUGAACAUUUGCUGUUUGUUAAAACUAAUGUUUCUUGUAGAAAAACAAAGGGUCAUUUUGAAAUUCUGUUCUAGCUCUUGGUAUUGUUUGAUAUUUUUGUAAGCGUGCGUAAAAAGAGGAUUGUAGAAAUGGCAAUGCUUUUGUAACAAUCCGUCAUCUACGUAGAUACAAUACCACAAUAAAAAUUGGAGACGCCGACUUGCUCUCCACUGGGGUAAAUAGCAACACUUUGGAAAACAAUAGAAAUAUUUUUUUUCUGUUCUCGCUAAAGCUAAAUAUAAUUGUUUCCUGCUGAAUAAUAUUUCACCAGACCAUAAAAAAAAAAAAGAAGAAAAAAAAAAAA